CCGAUCUUAGAAGAGAUCGAUGAACAGAGUAACCAUCUAUCUGGUCCUGAUUGAUGGUAAGAUCAAGUUUUCACGCUUACCUUGAGGGGUAAGGUAUCAUUUUGUUCCACUUUUUGGCAUGUUGUUGAUGAUUUCUACUAUGCAAAUGAAGUGUUCUUGACUAAACCGAAAGCUGAAUGCAAAAUCUAUUUGAAAGGAACAUUUUUUUUAAGAACCAGAUCUGUAGACCAAUCAGACCAGCAGGUGAGGUGGUGAUCGUGCUUUAUUUGUCCGCGAGAUGACACGAUUGGAUCCACAUGACCCAUACUUUGCUCUGGAGAGAGAGAAAGAGAGAUAGAGAUGCCAGAAAUGCAUGGACAUUUCCACCAAAGAUUCUUGAAUUCUUUAAUUAGCAAAUGCUCCUGCGGACUUUUCUACGUUGGCCCCUCGUAUUUCUCUAAAGCGUCCCUUUUCUCCUCUUUCUUUUGUCAUUAAAAAACGAGAGAGACAGUAAACAGAGGAAAAGGAGAAAGGAAAUCAGAGAAAGCCCUCUUCUUUCUUUCGGAGACAAAGAAAGAGGACGGUCUGAAACUUUCUCUCUUUUCCAGAGCCCAAAAGAACAAAGAAGAGAGAGAGAGAUAUGAGAGAGAUCAUCAGUAUUCACAUUGGGCAAGCUGGGAUUCAGGUGGGGAACUCUUGCUGGGAGCUUUAUUGUCUCGAACAUGGAAUCCAGCCCGAUGGCACCAUGCCCAGUGACACUACUGUGGGUGUAGCUACUGAUUCAUUCAACACGUUCUUCAGCGAGACAAGUUCAGGCAAACAUGUCCCAAGAGCCGUGUUUGUUGAUCUUGAACCUACAGUCAUCGAUGAAGUUAGAACUGGCAGUUACCGGCAACUCUUCCAUCCGGAGCAGCUUAUCUCCGGCAAAGAGGAUGCUGCAAAUAACUUUGCUCGAGGACAUUAUACAGUUGGAAGGGGCAUUGUCGAUAUUUGCCUCGACAGAAUCAGGAAAUUGGCGGACAACUGCACUGGUUUGCAAGGGUUUCUGGUGUUCAAUGCUGUCGGAGGUGGCACGGGAUCUGGCUUGGGUUCGUUGUUGUUGGAACGCUUGUCCGUUGAUUAUGGGAAGAAAUCUAAACUCGGUUUCACCAUCUUUCCUUCUCCUCAGGUUUCUACGGCGGUUGUGGAACCGUACAACAGUGUCCUCUCGACUCAUUCUCUCCUCGAACACACUGAUGUCGCAGUCCUUUUGGACAACGAAGCCAUUUACGACAUCUGCAAGAGGUCUUUGGACAUCGAGAGACCAACUUACACAAACUUAAACCGCUUGAUCUCUCAAAUCAUCUCUUCCCUGACAACCUCCCUUCGAUUCGACGGUGCCAUAAACGUGGAUAUAACAGAGUUUCAGACAAACCUUGUCCCUUACCCUCGGAUCCAUUUCAUGCUUUCAUCCUAUGCACCCGUGAUUUCAGCAGCAAAAGCCUUCCACGAGCAGUUGUCAGUGCCCGAGAUCACGACUUCCGUAUUUGAGCCUUCGAAUAUGAUGGCAAAGUGUGACCCGAGGCAUGGGAAGUACAUGGCUUGUUGCUUGAUGUAUCGUGGAGAUGUCGUGCCAAAGGAUGUGAACGCGGCUGUUGCAUCCAUCAAGACCAAACGGACAGUUCAGUUCGUUGACUGGUGCCCGACUGGUUUCAAGUGCGGAAUAAACUACCAGCCGCCGACUGUCGUCCCGGGAGGGGAUUUAGCGAAGGUUCAACGAGCGGUUUGCAUGAUAAGCAACAACACGGCGGUGGCCGAAGUGUUCUCUCGGAUAGACCAUAAGUUUGACCUCAUGUACGCGAAACGUGCGUUCGUCCACUGGUAUGUAGGGGAAGGCAUGGAGGAAGGUGAAUUCUCCGAGGCUCGGGAAGAUCUCGCUGCCCUCGAGAAAGAUUACGAGGAAGUCGGAGCUGACGGUGCCGAGGACGACGAUGAAGAAGGCGACGAGUAUUAGGAAAAGCUGAUGAUUUUCCGGGUGUUUCUCUAUUCUCUGUGGCCUUUCGUUUUUUGUUCUGAAGAUGUACAUGUUCGUUCGUGUAUCUUCAUUGGGUUCUCCAUCUCUCGUUUGUUUUUUGUGGUUUUAUCUGUGUGUGUACAUUGUUUUUGUGAUGUCUUGAAUUGACAACCUGUUUGAAAGUUUUUGUUUUUAUUAUUCUAUUGGUUU